AUGGGCUCGAAUGAGGAAAUCCUAAGUGCUCUGAAGAUCCUCCAGAAGUACAAUUUAAAAGAAUCGGAGCUUGCUUUAAAACAAGAAGCUGGUCUCAUUAAUGAAAAAAUUGCUGAGGAAUUUCUGAAAUUUAAAGCUCAAGUAAAGGAUGAACCAGAGAACUUUUGCGCUAACUACCAGUCUGUUCUCACAUUUAUGGAUUCGGUUCCUGAUGUGCAUAAAGUGGAGUUGUCUACGUUACUCUUUCCUAUAUUUGUCCAUAUGUAUCUCCGUCUAAUCAGUGGAAACAUUUGUGGAGAGGGUAGUUUUAUUCGUUUUCUUAUGAAGACAGCCAAAAAGUUCCUCAUAACUUUCAGGAAAUAUCAAGAAGAUUUUUACCAGUCAGAUAUUAAUAUGCUAUCGAACAUUACUAGUUCACAACACUUGUCAAUGAAUCCUUUGAUUGAAUCGUUUAGAGCUUCCGAGUUUGUUGUCAGUGUUUCGGCCGAGUCUUAUUCACUUCUGCGUCAGUUUCUUCAAGAUAAAGAAAUGAAUGUCAUUCAAAGUAUUUUAAAGGAACAGUUAUCACUUGAAAUCGUCAAUGGCCCUCCUAGGUCAAAGCUCCAAGUCGAUUGCCGUCGUGGUGCUUUAUUUGGCGAGGCUCACUUUGACGCUAACAAAGAACCUGUUUUGUAUGGUCUUCUAAGAGAUCCUACAUUAGACUUACCAGCCGAAGUGGAUACUGAUCCUGGCUUCAAUGACAUUGAUGGGAGCAAUGUAGAUAAUAACGAAGAUAACGGGGAUCAGAGUGUUGCGAAAAAGAAAAAACGGAGGGAUGGUAUGACGUCAGGUUCUGGACAUCCUGGUAGACCAUCUCUUUCGAAAGAUGUUAGCAAAUCUGACUCUAACUCUCCAGCUCUUGAUCGAAUUCCCCUGCCUAAGCUGCGCGAGUCAUACAUUGAAAGCAAACAAGCUCUUUCACGAGAGAUAUCUACUCUCCUACGUAAUUAUCAACAGCGAAAUCCACAAAAGUCAUCAGUCGGUACAAGCACAGUCCUUUAUACAAUAUGCAAUGCUCAGGCUGGUGAGUCAACCCUAGCUAUUCGAAGAGGUGGUGUUACAUGUUGCAGUUUCAGUGAUGACUCAUCACAACUAGCUGCUGGAUUCGGAUCAGGUCGUAUCCGUGUUUGGUCUUUAGGCCCCGAAUCAUUAAGGCGUAUGCUUCCGGCUUCAGAGUUGAGCUUACUGGAUAAAGAUGACUCUAGAGUAAAAACUAAUAUGUUAUAUGACGAAAAUGAGUAA